UGAGCCUCUCCUCCUCCACCACCUCCUCCUCCUCCACCCCUCCUCUCCCUUCUCCCCUCCGUCUCGUCGACCCCGUGGGCUCCCACUCCUCUGCCGUCCCUCCAAGCCUCCAGUGAUUCUCACCGCCAUGAAGACUGUCCUGGCUCUUCUGCUGCUGGUGACCCUGGCCUGCCACAGUGCUCUCUCUUGUUCCGUCUGCCAAGGCCACGCCCUCAAGUGUCACACGUGCGUUGCGUCCAAUGACGAUGACUGCAACAAACAAGGCUCCACCUCCUGCCCCCAGUAUGCUGAUGCCUGCUCCACCAUCACAGGGCCCAACACGGUGAUGAAGUCAUGUUCCUACAAGGCGUUCUGCGAGAAGGGCCACAACGCCAACUCCGGAUCCAAGAUGGAGUGCUGUUUCAGCGAGGACUGCAACGGGCCCCACAAGAGCCACAGCCAUGGGGAGCACCACAACGCCGCUGGUGCCCUGGGCUCCAGCCCCGCCCUGCUCCUGGGGGCUCUCGUGCUGCGUCUGGCCCUCAACAGGGUGUAGCCCCUCCCCUACACCACCGUGUCUGUCUGCCCUCCUCUCUGCUCCCUUCUUAUGCGUCAUUAAGUCAUUGUUUCACUUCUCCACCCAACUAUUCUUCCUGUGUCUUUAUCCGUCUGUCCAUCCAUCCAUCAAUGUAUCCAUCCAUCCUUUCAUCCAUCUAUCCCUCCGUUCAUUAAUUUAUACAGUCCUUCCGUCCAGUGUGUCUAAACUUGUGAGAGAGGGUUUGGCGAACGACCCUUCGUGACGUGGUGAAGUGAGGAAUACGUUUUUUAGGUACAUGUCCAUUUGGUUGGGGUACGGGGGUUCAAGGGGGAUUCGAGUAAAAAAGCCUUGUGAAAGCAGGGGGUCAACAUGUCAACAUGUGAGUGAGUAGGGGUGGGGGGAGGGGGGGGGGCGAUAGGGGUGGAAGGAAAAAACUGUCUGGGAGAAUACAUAUUUCUUUCCUCAUUAAUGCAGUCAUUCGUGAUUUGUACGGGGGGUUCUGUGUAAAGGUUAUCCUGGUCGGUCUAUGGCUGGUGUGCACCAUCCUGUCUGAGCCUUCUCUGGGUCCCUGGCAGGGCUCCAGUCACUGCCAGACCACUGAUCUCCACAGCCCCUCCCCCUGGCUGACUGCUAGCUGACAUGUACGCACCACCGUGUUUGAUGUUAUCAGAGUGAGGCUGCUGUGGUCUCAGUAGACUUCAGGGUGCAUGAGGCUGGGUUAGUGCUGAGCUUGCUCUAGUUGGAGAAUCCAUCCCUUAGCAACAGAAGAAUGCUCGCCAGCUAGAUCUGACUGGUUAAGAGACUCCAAACAUCCCAGAGAGAAAGUAUUACUUGCUAACCUUUUAGCAUGUCACGUGCUAUCAUGCAGAUGUUUUUGCAUGUAUGCUUAUGUUUGAAUAAAUUAGCAAUUGCACCCUUAA